UCCGCUCCGCUCGCAUUUCCUCGCUGCACCUUUAAGACGCGCGGUGCCGGCGCGGGGCUGCGGAGCCCGGGCUGCACAGAGGAAGUUACGCAGCCUGGAUCAGGCACCGGGAUAAAAGCUCGGAUCGUGAUUGAAAGUGAUGGCACAAGGAUUUGAGCCUCGGCAUUAACUUCCCCGAGGAGCCGGGGCAGCGGGCGGGGGAAGGGAGCUGGCAUAAAGCUCCCGGCCAUCUGCCCUUGAGCUGCGCGGGGGGGGGGAAGCUCCUCGUCUUGGAUGCGAGGACGGGGGACGAGCCCGCACCGCACCGCACCGCGCCCGGAUCGCCCCGUCCUGAUGCAUUUGUGGUAGCAGCUAAAAGGAGAUGGUCUGUACUGCUGAAAUCCUGUUCUCCUCUGAGACUUGCAACAUGAUGCUCGUGUCCGUGUUCCUGCCACCUAGCAUGCAGCAGCUUUCUCUUCCAACUUUGCUUCUUAGGAGGAAGGAAAAAGGUGCUGCUUGCUAAUGAGCUCUCCCUGUUCCCUUGCAAUGAAAGAAAAAGGAGACUUCAGAUAGCAGGAUGGCAAAUAGCUGAAGAUUUGGAAACUGGGCGCUAAAUUGCUGCCGGGUAGCAUCAGCCAGAACUUGUCCGAAGUCAGCACCUUGCCACCAACGCAAGAAGCAGAAGUAACGCAGAAGAAAGCAAGUUGGUGCUUCUAUUGUCAAUAAAGCAACCACAGAACAGGCUUUUCAGAUGACUUGCUCAAUUUACUCACAGUCUGUGUGGUCAGAGAGGUUUUCCUUCAACAGAAGGAAAGUUUAGCUCUAAAGAGGCUCACAUUUCCAAGUUACCUAGACAGUAAUGUUAUAAUAUUUUCUAAAUAAAGGUGGGGUUUUUUUUCCCUUGGGUUUUUUUUUGUUUUUUUUUUAAGCCCUCCAUUAUUUAAAGCACACCACCACCACCAAGGGCGCUUGAAAAAGCUACCCAUUUGUAGCAGAGGAAUAAGGUUAGAGAGAACUUGAUCCUGACCUAUCACAUUAGCCUUUCUGAUUUUUUUUCUCCUAUCAAAUUUCAUCAUAGAAUCAGAACUUGAUAGGUUUAUUGAUUGAGUGGAGUCACCUCUAGAUGUUUUCACGCUGAUUUGGAAGAUCUUUUAUGCAAAGAAAAAAAAAAUGAAGUUAAGGAAGACUUUUGCCAGCUGAUCAGCUAUUUUGGAAACUGCAAUUCUCCAAAGCAACUGACUUGCAAACUUGGCUUCCACCCCUGCGGACUUGCCACGUCUGAACGCAGCACGCAGAACUGGGCCGCUUGUUCUCGUCUCCAGGACCUCCUUAAGCUACAGGAUUUUUAGAUGAGGAGUUUCCAUGCUGAUCCUGACAGCACCCCCUAAUCCGGUAGCUGCCUCUCUCAGGACUGUAGGCAUUUCCCUUGCCCAGGGACCCUUUCCUUGGUCUCAGCUGCCAUGUUGCACCUGGUCACUAUUCUGCUGCACUGUCUCCCACUGGCCAUGGGACACUAUGACAUUUGCAAAUCCUGGGUGACCACAGACAACGGACCGUCAUGGGAGUUUUAUGCUUGCCAGCCCAGGGCCAUGCGAAUGAAGGACUAUGCGCUAGUGAGAGUGGAUCCAGCAGGAAUCACUUGUGGUGACCCUCCUGAAAGAUUCUGCACUCAUGAGAACCCAUACUUGUGCAGCGAUGAGUGUGACGCUUCCAACCCAGACCUGGCCCACCCACCAAAACUUAUGUUUGACACAGAGGAUGAAGGGCUGGCCACGUACUGGCAGAGCGUGACAUGGAGCCGCUACCCGGAGCCCCUGCUGGCUAACAUCACGCUCUCCUGGAACAAGAGCAUCGAGCUGACAGAUGACAUUGUGAUAACCUUUGAGUAUGGCCGACCCACCAUCAUGAUGCUGGAGAAGUCCCUGGACAACGGGAGGACUUGGCACCCCUACCAGUACUAUGCAGAUGACUGCAUGGAAGCCUUUGGCAUGCCAGCACGGAGGGUCAGGGACCUUUCUACUACCAGUGCCAACAGGGUGCUCUGCACGGAGGAGUACUCCCGCUGGGUGGGCUCCAAAAAGGAGAAGAACGUGCGGUUUGAGGUGAGGGAUCGCUUUGCCAUCUUUGCUGGCCCAGACCUGAAGAACAUGGACAACCUGUACACCAGGCUGGAGAGUGCCAAGGGCUUGAAGGACUUCUUCACUGUGACCGACCUGAGGAUGAGGCUGCUGAGACCGGCUCUCGGGGGGACGUAUGUUCAGAGGGAGAAUUUGUACAAGUACUUCUAUGCUGUCUCCAACAUUGAAGUCAUUGGCAGGUGUAAAUGCAACCUCCAUGCCAACCUGUGCACCUUCAAAGAGGGCAGCCUUCAGUGCGAGUGCGAGCACAACACCACCGGGCAGGACUGCGGGAAGUGCAAGAAGAACUUCCGCUCCCGGUCCUGGCGAGCUGGGUCCUACCUGCCUCUGCCCAACGGAUCCCCCAAUGCAUGUGCAGCUGCAGGCUCAGCGUUCGGCACAGCUCCGAAGAGCAAACCAGGGCCGACAGCACACUCUGCUGGCAAGAAGCAUGCCAAGAAGCCAGUGCCCUCAAAGAGCUCCAAAGUCACCCGGCUCAAAUCAGACUCUGACCCCGUGACGCCUGUACGGACAUUUAAAGACUGCGAGUGCUACGGCCACUCCAACCGCUGCAGCUACAUAGACUUCCUGAAUGUGGUGACCUGCGUCAGCUGCAAACACAACACCCGGGGGCAGCAUUGCCAGCACUGCCGCCUUGGCUUUUACCGUAAUGGCUCCGCGGAGCUCGACGAUGAGAAUGUCUGCAUAGAAUGCAACUGCAAUCAGAUUGGCUCAGUGCACGACCGCUGCAACGAGACCGGCUACUGUGAAUGCAAAGAAGGAGCCACGGGGCCCAAGUGCGACGACUGCCUCCCCGAUUACUACUGGAGACAGGGUUGUUUUCCCAAUGUCUGUGAUGAGGAGCUCCUGAUUUGCCAAAACGGCGGCACCUGCCACCAGAACCAGCGGUGCAUCUGCCCGGCCGGCUACAAGGGCGUCCUGUGCGAGCAGUCCAAGUGCGACUCCGAGAGCCAGGACUGCGAUUCGGCCUCCAGCACAUACCUCAGCCUCCCCGCACUCCUCCUCAGCGCGCUCGGCCUUCAGCUGCGAUGCUCGUUGGACUUCUGAACGCCAGACCCAUGGGAGCCAGCUCAAGGCGCAUCAUCAGAGGGAUCUGGGGAGACUAAGGGAAUAAGUGGGUCACUGCACCACCAUCUCCCCACCCUCCCUUUACUGUAGGACUUACACAACCCUGUUUGGUCUCCUUCCCCACCAGAAAAGAGGUACAGAAUGUCAGGGGCUGGCUUUGGUCUUUCCAGCAGCAGCCUUGCUCCGGCCUCCUAGCGCUACCCAGAGGUGGCCGCAGCACAAACCCGGCUGCCAGGGGAACUGACCAGCGUAGUGCAGAAGCUGCCAUCCAACGGCAUCACGAGGGACUUGCGUUACACCCUGCAAAGCCGCGACUCUCUCCUUGCCCCACUUUGCACAGGCCCGUCUGGUUCCAGAGCACGGGGACCCUGCCAAACAAACACCACCACAGUCCAAGGCAAUUGAUUUAAUUUCACAUCUUUUUAUUUUUCCCUCUCCUCCUUCCUCUGUGGUUUUGAAAGAACCAGUCACGACCGCUCCCCACAGCCCUAGAGACUGGAGUCCAAAGCACCUACGGGGACUCUUCGGUCCAUCCUUGCUGCAUAGUCCUACGUUUCAUUGUGGGCCUGGCAGGGCCCUAAACGUACGGUUGCCUACAAAACCUAGUUGCUGCAUUCAUCGAGUUUUCUAUUCCGGUUGUCGGAUUUUGAUUUCCUUUUCUUGCACUUGGCGAGGACACAAGGGCCGCUGCGUGCAUGGUAGAUCAGGAGUGUGAUGUCUAAUGCCGGCAUUUCCGUAUAGUGUACGGUUCAAAUCCUCUUUUGGUAGAGAAUUAUUUUUGUUUGGAUUAAAAGUUAUAAAAGAACCGCAGGCUAAAGGGGCGUUUUACCACGGGCCUUUGAUUAUGGUGUAUAACCCUUCAGUAAAGCAACUAUUAAUUGCUGCUUGCCCACCACGUUUUCCUUUUUGUGUGCAGCUAAUUACCGGUAAAGACUUAUUUUUUGAUUCAUAA